AAGUCCAGGCUUAGAAGGAAAAGCCCCCUUGUUUGACAGUCUCUUACAUGGUAUCAAAGAUGGUAAUAACUAUCAUCCCAGGUGAUGUUUGGGAUUCAGCUGGAGAUGGUAGGGGUGGCGAUGUCAUCUGGGCUUCUCUCUCUAGCCUGUUCUUGUCAGGACACCUCUCAGGAUCAAAAUGAUGAAGGCUGAGGGUCCCAGGAAACUGGGGUUUGGCAACCAUGAUAUUGACACUUGCCCCAGUAGCCUCUAUCUGUUCUCUCCAUAUGUCCUUUUUGUUUUCAUACUUUCUCCACAAAAUCUUUCUUUUAAGGACCCAAAAAGGGAAUAGCCCAUCCCCUCAUUAUUUUGUCCACCAAUUGGGCCUAAUAUUCGACAUACCAAUCUUGGUUUAUUAACUUCUGGCUCCACAUCUCCUGUUUUUAACAAGUUUAAUUUUAACGGUCCUUGAGUCAUAUCAACUUGGUCUUUUUAUUUAGACUAAUUCAGUUAUUCGGUCUUCCAUUUGGACUUUUAUCCAUCAACCUUUGUUGUUACAGAUUACUUUAACAUUUUAUUAAUGUAUACAUACUUUUUACCAUUGAGCUCACAUUAUGGGUAAAUUUGUAGGCCUAAUUGUCACAACAGCACCUACUUACUCCAGGGCUGAAUUUAAGCUGCUCUAUCAGAUUCCAAAAAUAGCAAAUAAAGCCUAUUUAAGAAACCUCCACUGGUUAACCCCAUCCCAAGAAUUAUUUAGACACAAUUGAUACCAAUAAUCAAUGUUGAUAAACAAGGAAAUAAAUAACCCAUUGGAAUGUUGGCUUGUGUGGAGCAAGGGAGAAAGGAAAAUGGAGAAAUCAUGUUUAACGAAUGAAAAAAGAUGUCAAGUAGGGAAAUCCUUUUGACUUAUUUGCAAACCAAGGGUACCUGGGGAUCUUCCUUGCCUAUCGAUUUGAUUUUGUUGUGGUUUUAUCUUCAGGUGGUUUUAGUGUGACAGUUGUUAGAAAGUAUAAUUGUUAUACAGUUUGGAGUACUAGGAAUGUCUUGAUUUUGUUUCUCACUGUAGACUUGUGGGACUUUACAUAUUUUAUUAAAAUUAUCUCUGUAUGUAUGGGGGAUAUACUACCAGAGUGGUUUUCUGCCUUUGUAUUUCAGCAGUUGGGGGUGGAGCCUACUACUGAUUCCUGAAGUGGUGGGUUUUGUUCAAACACUUCUGUUCUGGAAGGUCUUCCUAGAGAACAGAUUUUCAAUUUGUAUUUUAACAGAAAUUUUCUUAGUAGAGUUGCCCUCAAGGACCACAGGUUGCAUACCACUGUAGUAAAUUGGUAUAGGAGACACCCCCUAUUCUAGGAGCUUAGCAUGUUGACACUGAAAAGUUUCCAGCUGCUACUAGACGAGUAGCAAGGGCCUUAACUGGUGUAUAAAACUGGGAUCAGUAGUACAGUACCAUGUUGCACUAAUACUAUAUUGUUUAAUACAAAGCAUCAUUUUGAAAGAAAGGUUCAUAUAGACAUCUCUCUAAAGAUAGCCUGCAGAAAACCAGUAUUCCAGUAAUUAGUGGUAUGUGCUGAAUUAGGCCUCUUAGGUGACUUUAACAAGUUAUUUAACCUGGUGUUAGUGAAGCACAUUGAAAAUGCAAAGCUCUAUGUAAGUGCCUAGUAGUGAUCUGGAGUUUGGUACUGGACACCUGCAGAUCAUCUAAUGAAACUCUGGUCACUCCAUAAAAUGAAAGGAUUUGCCAAUUGAAAAUGUAGAUGUUAAUGAUUUCUGUGAUAAUUUGCAGCAAUUGAAAUGUCUGAUUGAAACUGUCCCCUUUUCAGACUAAAUCUUAUCUUCCAUCUUAAACUCAUUGCAAGUCAAAGUUCUAGGAAAGUCUGGUCAUUUACAAUGGUGAUAUUGGAAAAGAGGUGACAAAUGGGAAAGUGGGGCAGCUGUGCUCCCUUGCUUUCUGUCUGACCUACUGGGAGUACAGGUUGGAGUAUGUUUGCUACUUAGCAGGAAACUGAAAUUCAGGCACAAGUUAUUGUAAACUCAAAGUGUGAAUAUGGGUGAAAAGAAACCGGAGCCUCUGGAUUUCGUAAAAGAUUUUCAGGAAUAUCUUACUCAACAGACACACCAUGUAAAUAUGAUUUCUGGAUCUGUUAGUGGAGACAAUGAUGCAGAUGCCCUUCAGGGAGCUGGGGCAGAUGGUGAUCAGAAUGGACUAGAUCAUCCUUCUGUUGAAGUUUCACUGGAUGAAAACUCAGGAAUGUUAGUGGAUGGGUUUGAAAGGACAUUUGAUGGAAAGCUGAAGUGUCGAUAUUGCAACUAUGCCAGCAAAGGAACAGCACGGCUUAUAGAGCAUAUCAGAAUUCACACAGGUGAAAAGCCACACAGAUGCCAUCUAUGUCCAUUUGCAUCAGCCUAUGAACGUCAUCUGGAAGCGCACAUGCGAUCACAUACUGGUGAAAAACCAUAUAAAUGCGAAUUGUGUUCCUUCCGCUGCAGUGACAGAAGUAACCUGUCUCAUCAUCGUAGACGCAAGCAUAAAAUGGUACCUAUAAAAGGUACUAGGUCUUCCCUAAGCAGCAAGAAAAUGUGGGGGGUUUUGCAGAAGAAGACCAGCAAUCUGGGAUACAGCAGAAGAUCAUUAAUUAAUUUGAGCCCGCCUUCCAUGGUGGUUCAGAAACCAGACUACCUUAAUGAUUUCACCCAUGAAAUCCCAAAUAUUCAGACUGAAGCAUAUGAAAGCAUGACAAAAACAACACAGACUGGUGGCCUGCCGAGAGAUCCACAAGACCUUAAGAUAGACAAUCCAUUAAAUCAGCUAUCAACAUUAGCAGGACAGUUGUCUAGCUUGCCACCUGAAACCCAAAACCCAGCAUCUCCUGAUGUUGUACCAUGCCAAGAUGAAAAGCCUUUUAUAAUACAGCAGCCUGCUGCACCAGCAGUAGUUUCAUCUGUGUCAACAAAUAUUCCUCAAAGUUCAUCUCCUACUAGCCCAGAUCCUCGGCCCCCACACAGUCAAAGGAACUACAGUCCAGUGGCAGGUCCAAGCAGUGAUCGCAGCGUCCAUACUAGUACUCCUAGCAUAAGUAACAGUCAGCCAAGUACUCCAGCUCCAACCCUUCCAGUUCAGGAUCCUCAGCUUCUGCAUCACUGCCAGCACUGUGACAUGUAUUUUGCAGACAAUAUCCUUUAUACUAUUCACAUGGGAUGUCAUGGGUUUGAAAAUCCGUUUCAGUGCAACAUAUGUGGGUGCAAAUGUAAAAAUAAGUAUGACUUUGCUUGCCAUUUUGCAAGAGGUCAACAUAACCAACAUUGACUGACAACGUGCUUUCAUUUAGUUUUUUUAACAUAUGUUUUAUACUUGCUGAAGGAGACCUUGCUCAUCCCCAACAAGAAGUCCAAUAAACAACUUGACAAUGGAGGCAAAAUUCUUUCCAUGUUGUCAUAUAAUAUGCCAGGGAUGUUUGAGUCAUGGAGGUGGUAGUUUUUUGUCACUGUUUAAAAUAAAAAGUUGAGGAUUGGCGUGCAGUAACAUGUUUUAUGUUUGUUACAUUUAAGUUAUUUGCACUUAAGAUCCAGAAAAACAUUCUACAAAUGCCAAUCCAGAUUGUGUCCUUAAACAUAGGUUGCAGUUCAUCAGACUAGAUAAUGUUUUCACCCCUCAGCUCACAGAGAGCCGAGAUAUUAAACAAGAUAAGAGGUCUUGGUACCUAAAAUAUAGUAAAAGUUGUUAAUACAAUGAAAUGUAUGGUUCAUAUGAAAACCAUAUUUCUGCUUAUAAACUAACUGCUUACCAAACUGAAUAAAAUCUUUGCUGUGAGUUAAAGAAUAAACUUUCAUGCAUACAAACAAUUUGAAUUUAAAAUUUGUCAGUUUCAUCUGAUCAAGAUAUCAAAUUUUUAGUGAAUUCUAAAGUCUUUUUAUGCUAGGCCUUUAAUCUUUUUCUUUAAAAAGAAAAACUAGAGCAGUUUUCUAGAUAUGAAAAAAACUAGAAGGUACCUUUUAAAAUAUAUACACACACACACACACUAUGAAUGAGACUUUGGUAAAAGAUGUUAAAUGAGAAAUAGAAAAUAGACAACUUUGCAUGAGGACAGUUUUCUUUUUAAAAACUGUCAAGACAUUCCCACUUAAAGGUUAUUAAAUACAUAAAUUGAAAACUAGAGGCCAUAUUUUAAUUACUUUUUUAAAAAGAAAAACAAUGUAUUUUAACUGUCUUGCUAGGUUGCCUAUAUGUUUGAAAGUUACACAUUCUAGUCUAUAUAAACUGCAGCUAACGUGGAAUUGUCUUUGUUCCUGGUCUACUAGAGCCUCGGUUUUUUAACCUUCUGGACCUGUUUGAAAGGCCAUCUUUUUUUUCCUCCACUGUUUGUGGGGGAAGAUAGGCAGAGGAAUAUUGGUGGCUACAAUGUGGAGCUGUGAUUAAUACUGUGACUGGCAAAUACUGUCUGAAGAUGUGCAUGCCGUCCACUGUAUGGGUUAACUAUUUUUUAUAUUUUAAAUCUUGAUCAUUGUAAAAGCACCUAGGCUAAUGGAUGGGCACUUUAAUAAAAACCUGAAUAAAACAUCCUAGCAAAGUUCCAUGAAAGCGCUGGGUAUUACAACACCUGAAUUUGUCAUGUUUCAGAAAAGUGAAUAACUUAACUUUCUCUGUAUUUUGCAAUUCACUUUGAUUUUAUUUCAUUUUGUACUACUUGUUGCAAGACGAGUUUUGUUUUGUUUUUUUACUACACAAGCGAACAUGGACAUACAAGAUAAGAGUGAAUGUUUUGUGGGAAAUAGGUACAAAAUUUACUUCCUUAACAUUUUGGGGGCUUCAUCUGAAUGUCAGAUGUAGGGGGUCUAUCCAAAAACUUCUGUUGUCCUGGAGCAAGAUCCAAAAAUCUAUUGAAGUCAACUGAAAGACUUUUGUUUACUUCAGUGGGCUUUGGAUCAGGCCCUUGGAGAAAGAAGACUUGUGGUAUUGGGAGUUUUUCUUUCACUCCAUUAUUUAAUCAGAAAUUUGGAACAUGAGUGCAUGGCUCUACAAAUUUGUCUAGCAUGAGACUAUUUUUCAUCCUUACCUACACAACUCAUUGGCUAUUGUAUGUAACUUGCGGUGGCUGAUUGAGUAUAGUAUUUAUGAUUGCAGAAGUUAGAGAUAGAAAAAGUCUAUUAGGCCAUAUAAUCCCCUGCCACUAGUUAAUAUCAGAGAUGAAACUUCGUGGCUAUAGGCUUGAUCCAAAUCCAUUGACUUCAGUGGGCUUUUAUAUAAGGCCCUUGAUAACUUUCUGCAUAAAUAAACUCAAGAAUAUUUGGAGAAUGUAUUUGUUUAGCUACUAUACAUUUUAAUGUAAUAAAUAUUAACUAGUCUUUUAUUAGAAUUGCUUUUUUUAAACUUACACUUCGCAAACAGAACAGUUCUACACUUACACUAUCCUUGUGCAUAAACUGAGACCUAGACGUCUGAAAUCAUACACUUGAAUAUCUAUUUUCUUUGUGAGGAUUGCACUACACUUCAUUCAGCAUUUAAUCUGGUUGAUUGUUGCUCUUGUACAGGUUGUGUAAAUUGAGUUUUUUGUACAAACAAUAGUGUGUGGGGAAAAAAUACAUUCUGAAUAGGUCAUUUUAUUGGUCAGAUAUCUGCAUACUUUAUGGUUCAAUCUAACAUCAACUGAAGCAUGAGUAUUAUAUUUAAACCAAAAUGCAAUUGUUACUGUUAAAGACUUUUAGAAAAGUUAGUAGUUGUUUCCACAAAGGAAAACAUUUGAUACUAUGCUAUACCAAAUAACCUAAACUAGUUGUUUUUCUUGAGGCUUUUGGAACUUUGGGGAAGCCAUUAAAUCUGUUUAGUUUUUAACCAGAUAUUCUCAGUUGGAAUUGUAGUAGCACUUGUCAUACAUUAGGCUGAAGAUUGGGUAGUAGAAGUUGCACAUCGCAACUGCCUGCUGAUCGAAAAUAUACAAACAAUUGGUGUGUGAGCCCACUCCCUUUGAAGUCAGUGGCAAAAUGAUCACUCCAAAUCCUACAGAAUUUUUAGAGAUUUUUUAUCCUUCCCUUCAUUAUUCUUGUUCUGAUGCUUAGGCCUAGAGUUUGCAUUGGUAGUCCCUGUAACCAUUCAGUACUUGAAUCAACACGUAUAUAGAAAACAUGCCUUGGAAUUCUAGCAAAAUGGUUCCCAACCUGGUCCAUGGGCCACAAUGAAGAGCCAGGAUACCCACAGAAGUAGCUAGAAAUAAGAGGAAGCCUGCCUAGCCCAAUCGCAAAGGGGGCCUUCAUUGGGAGAUGGCCUACAUGACAAUAAAUAGUGGGGGAUUAAUAAAAGGUAGUAUGAAAUUUUGAAAAUUUGUGGACCCUGCAUAGCAUAUUUUGGUGCUAUUGGAUAAUGAAUGGUAAAUUGUUUACUCUUCAGCAAAGUACCCAAGGAAAUUAAAAAGAAGAGAAUUCAAGCUUUAACUCUUAAAAAUGUAUAACAGUUAUAGCCAGAUACUGCUUGUCUCAUGCAAGUAGCCCCAUUGACAGCAAUGGAAAUACUCAGCAGGAUUUGGCAUUCAAGCCCUGCUCCUACAACAGGGUCUGUGGGGUGGACCCCAUUAACUUCACUGGUGCUCUAGGCAGACACAAUUUCAGGAUUGGGACCUUAGGUUGGUUAACAAUAAAGAGCAUAUUACUGUGUUUUCUGUUGUGCCAAACAGUUAUUUGAUUACACUUAUUUCCUUCUGACUACUAAGUACGUUUGGAAGGUGCAUUUUCAGUUUUGAUUAUUAAAAUUGUAGUUUUUCAUAAUUUUGUACUAAAAUUGUAUAUAUUGUAAUAUUUACUAGAAUUUAAAAUAAAGAGCACAAUUAGUAUUGCAAAGCUGUUUAUGGUUGUGAUCCUGCAAACUUUUAUUCUCACAAGUAGGCCUUGUUCUUACAAAGUCAAUAGGAAAUACUUGUCAGUAAGGAUUUGUAGGAUCAGGCCCUAGAUUAGUAAAAUUGUUUCAUAGUGAGUUCUAAAUGUGCUAAUCUGCACUAACUUUAAAAACAAACCCUUAUAAUAUUUUAUAAGGAGCUGUUUAGCUUUUAACUUGUAUUAACAAGGACAGUUCAGGAUAUGAGUUGAAACUUUUCCACAGCUUAAGUUCUAUAUUUGGAAAACAUUCGCUUUGUGUUACUUUGUUUUUAUUGAUAUAGAAUAUUUUAUAGAUCUGUUGGACAAUUUUUAACAUGCACUAUUUAUCGUACUCUUAAUACAGAUGUCUGAUUCUGAGGAUUUUCUGUUCAGCGAUCAGUCAAAUAUUGGAUUGAAGAUGUUGGCAGGAGAUUAAUGAUCUCAGUUAAUAUUUAAAAUAAACUGUGAAGCAACUAAUGGAAUAAUUUGAUUUUUGCAAAUGCAAUGUUUUGCUUCAGAUGACUUUUGCAUAAAAUUGUAUUUGUAUUUUAACAUACAGCUCUCCGUUCUGGAAAAGACAUGUUCUGACAUUGUUUCAUAGCAGAAUCUGAACUACGUUGGCCAUGCUUUUGUUAUGGAUUUUUUUUCCUUGACAAAGGGAAUGUCACUGGCAAGUUUCCCAUCAGUUUAAGUUUCUGUGAAAAUACAUAGCCAACAGAUGUUCUGUUGCAGAAAAAACAAUUCCCUGCUGAGGCAUUUUUCACUGAGCAAUCUUAGCGUAUGUGCUUCUAGUUCCUGCUUUGUUAAUAAUGUGUAUUUCAAUGUAAAGAGCAUAUUUUGUAUGCAAAAGAUGAGACUUGAGUUAGUUGUAAAACAAGUUUUAUCGUGUAGUGAUGCUGUUUUUAGAAAACAAAGUUUAAUUCUGAAAUAACUUGACUAUAUCUAGUGUAGUUCAUGUUGUGGAGCUUGUUUUGUAAGAUAUGAAUAAAACACUUUCUAAUGAUGUUUAA